CUUCUUCCUCCCCCUCCAUCACCCCGCCAGCAUGUCCACUGCCACUCUACCUCCCGCUGACCCCUCUCUCGUGGGUCCUAGCGGCUACGACUUCUCCGUUGGGACUGCCAUUCCAGCCAAUAUGGCGCAUGCGGUCUCGGUCAGCCUGCCCAAAUGGCAGGAUAAUGUCGACUACGAGGAAGGAAGAUUAGGAGAUGUUAUGCAGAUUGGAUAUCCCCGAUUCUUUGUUCACAAGAGCAUACAGAAGCUCGCCUCUGUCCUCCUCCGCAAGUUUGGUACCCCAGGCCAGGCUGACCAAGAGCCAGAAGCGUGCUACCUCUUCCCCUCGUCGCGCGUAGCAGACCGAUGUCGCUCCUUCAUGCGUGCGCAGCAUGCCCAGCAACACCCCGACGGCCCGGCUCUUGCGGUGAGAGUCGUUCAAUUCAGCCUCGUUCUCCCCUCUGCAAGCGUAGCGAGUGGCUCAGCGGAGCAGUCGCUAGCUGCCGCACCAGUGCAGCUCUUCGUCGUCCUCUUCCCGGCCUCAGCGGGGUCACUUGCCAAGUCAUAUUGGCAGCACACGGGUGAUGGAAUCAGUAGUCGACUGGCGGAGCAUUGCCUCAACAUCCUCGAGGAGACGGGGAGACUGGGCGCCGACGAUGGACCUGCAACGCCUACCGCAACAAAUGGCUCAUCGGACGACUCUCCCUCCUCUUCGACCAUCCUCACCCCACCUUCGACCGCCGAACCAGUGCACAGGCGAUACUCAAAGAAUCGCCACUACUCACGCGCAGCACCUGCAUCAGGGUCCACCACACCCGGCACCGCCACUCCCUCGGUCACGACGACUGCUCCGCCCACGAGCUCCUCCGCAGCCUCCUCUGUACCGCCGGUACGAAUGGCAGAUGCCGCAGACCCUGAUGCCGAGCUCAUGGCGUCGGAUCAAUCCAGUUACCUCGAAGAACGCUACGGCCGAAACUUGCCCGCCAGCUCUGCCCCGCUAGCCAAGGCCGCUCUGCGCCGUCGAAUCGCGGGGACCUUGCUGAGCGACCGUUCUGACCUCCCUUCCUUGGGCGAUGUUGGCCCAACGAUGCGCUCAGGUACAGCUCUGAGCGAGUCCGACGUCUUCCUCUUCCCCUCGGGCAUGUCCGCAAUCUUCCACGCGCAUCAGACUGCCCUCAGAUGGCGUGGCGACUCGGCGGGCAAGAGCGUUUGCUUUGGUUUUCCUUACACGGACACGUUGAAGAUUCUACAAAAGUGGGGUCCGGGAUGUCACUUCUACGGCAAGGGCAACGAUGCUGAGCUGGACGAAUUUGAGGCCCUCCUGCAAGCUCAAAGCUCCUCAGGCGAGUCUCGUAUUCUCGCCCUCUUUUGCGAAUUUCCCUCGAACCCGCUGCUUCGCUCCCCUGACCUGCCCCGCAUUCGUCGUUUGGCGGAUAAGUACGACUUCCUCGUCGUGGUGGACGAGACGAUUGGCAACUUCUUGAAUGUAGAGGUUCUGCCGUAUGCCGACAUGGUUGUCAGCAGCUUGACCAAGGUCUUCAGUGGGGACGCGAAUGUGAUGGGUGGGUCGAUGGUCGUGAACCCGAAAGGGAGACAUGCGGAGGAGGUGAGGCAGGUGCUGCUCGGUCAAGGAGGAGCUGGAGGGGAGUACGAGGACAAUUACUGGGGUGUGGACGCGGUCUUCAUGGAGCGCAACUCCCGCGACUUUGCCCGUCGCGUGCAGCGAAUAGAUGCAAAUGCCGAGGCUCUCGCGAGCAUGCUACACGCCCGGCUCAAUAGCAGCCCAGUAUUGAAGGGGGUCUACUAUCCCAAAUUCGAGACACGCUCUCACUACGACGCUUGUCGCCGCAAGAUUGCUCUUCCUUACCCUCGCGACGCUGAGGAGCAGAAAGAGCAACAGGGCGGCUUCGGAGGCCUCUUCUCCGUCAUUUUCACCACGCUCUCUGCCUCGCAAGCAUUCUACGACGCCCUAUGCUGCGCUAAAGGGCCGAGUCUGGGCACCAAUUUCACGCUGGCUAGCCCUUACACGCUGCUCGCGCACUACUAUGAGCUGGACUGGGCGAAGCAGUUUGGUGUCGAGGCUAGUUUGGUCAGGGUGUCCACAGGAUUGGAGGAGACGAAGGGUUUAGUAGAGAUGUUUGAGAGGGCGCUCAGAAAGGCAGAGGAGAGCGAGAAGAAGUGAGAGGACAGAGCAUUGAAAGUCCGCGAUCACGGCGUCCAACACGCUGCUGAUUGGGGCGAGAGAAGAGAAUACAGGAAGCAUGGAGCCCAGCUGGCUCGCCCACGUAGCAUGACAUACUAAUAGGCUUGACACCGCAUCGCCGUUACCCUUGUACAAUCCAACUUGUACCCAUAUCCCCUCGCUAUCACAACGCACAUUGCAAUACACGCGUUCACACCGUG